AUGGAAGUCUCAACCCCAGAAGAAGCGCCUCCUGUGAACGUCCACGCUCCUUUUACGCGCGCAGAGCGCAUGGUGCAGCUCGCCGAGAUCGACAGGGAUAUCGCAUCCCUCCUUGAGCUCACUGGGAAAGCAAUCCAGUCCCUCGGCAAACAACGAUCCACCGAGCCAGACCAAUCACCCCCCACAGCCCAAGACCAGACCCAGGCCUUUCAAGAGAACAUGGACAAGUUCCUCACUACUCUUCAUGCUGUCGACGUGCGGAUGAAGCGCCAGAUCUUCGGGCUCGAGGAGGCCGGCAUCCUUACGCUUGAUAAGGCCAAGCCCAAGGAUGAGGAGGGCGGCGCCAGGCAGUCGCUUGAGCCUAACGGGCUGGGUAUGGUGGGCGAUCUAGACGUCGGCUGGUUGAACAGUCGGAGCACCAAAGUCGACAGGGAGAUGGAGGCAGAGCUGUGGACCAAGACGCGGCAGCACCUCGAGAACAUUACCCACGCGUCAGGUGCUGCUGGCGGCGCUGACGGCGCUGCUGAUAGCGGGGACGUGGACAUGACAGGAUGA